AUGGGAUGUGUAUCAACUAAAGAUUAACACAUUAAACAAUUCAAUAUUAAAUUACCUGAUUCAAGUACAUUACUAGAUAUCAUUAUAGUAAAUCAAACAACUCUAUAAACUGAUUUGGAUUUAUCAGACUCAUUAGAUUAAUAUAUGUAAAUAGGAAUGAAUCUAAGCAGCAUAGGAGAGCUGCAUCCGAAAGUUCAACUUGUACAUUAAGAAUUGGGAGAUUUAUUCCCUAAUCUGUAAGGUCAGUAUUUACUGAUGCCAGAUCAAAGUAUUUAUUUCGGAUAAACAUUAAAUGGAAAAAGAAAUGGUUAAGGAAAACAACAUUGGUAGAAGGAAGGAAAUUUAUUAGAAGGGUAUAUCUUAUAUUCUAAUAUUAAAAGGAUUUGGAUUGAUAAUCAAUUAAAUGGAAGAGCCAGAAUGAUCUAUCCAAAUGGGGAUUAGUAUUAUAUUUAAUUGAUUUUUGUUUAGUUUCGAUGGAAAUUUUGUUAAUAAUGUGGCUAAUGGAAUAGGCAAAUUUGUAAAUUCUAGAAAAGAGGUCAGAGGUUUUUGGCUUAAUAAUAAAUUAAUUGGAGAAGGAACUGAAAUACGUAAAAAUGGAACUAUUUAUACCGGACAAUUUUAAGAUGGCAAAAUUCAUGGCCAAGGUAAAUUUGAAUUCGCUAAUGGUUGUGUAUAUAAGGGUAAUGUGCAGAAAGGAAAAAUGCAUGGCAAUGGAGAGCUUAUAUUUUAUGAUAACACAAGAUAUGUUGGUGAAUUUAGAAAUAAUUGUAUUUAAGGAAGAGGAAUUUAUGAAGCCAGUAUUCCUAUUCAUGGUUGGGUAAGAAUAUUAAUUUUAAUUUAAGUUUCAUUCAAAAUAUGAAAAUUAAACCAUAUUUCUCUAUUUCUUUAGACAAGAAACACCAGUCUUAGUUGACAACCAAGAUUGCACUCUAAUUUAAAAAUAAUUAAGUACUUUUUUUGAUUGA